GGCAUAGUGUUUUUAUUAUGCAAGCACUAAUUCAAAUACAAUCCCCCUCCCCCCAACCCAACCCCGCAGAUACAUAUUAUAACCUCAUUUAGACAAACUCUUAACAUGUCCAAUCUUUCUUCUCACUUUAUAAAUUCUUCUAACUUUACACCUUGUGAUUCCUUACCUUCAUUUUCCUCUUAUUCUUAUUCUUUUUUCACCUCUAGUUUUUAUAAAGUUUCAACUUCAAGAACCUACCCCAUUAGUUUAAUUUCCACAAAGAUCACCUUCUUACAGUAUAAAAGCAACUUUAAAACAAACCCUUUCCAGAGAAUUAGUAGUAAUAUGACAAUUACUGAGUACAGAGAUGAAGAAGAUGAUGAGAAUCCUCCACUUUUACUUGAAUCUGAGAUGAAAGAGCCUAGGCGUAUUGCUCUCUUUGUUGAACCUUCACCUUUUGCGUAUGUUUCUGGAUAUAAGAACAGGUUCCAGAAUUUUAUAAAGUAUCUCCGGGAAAUGGGGGAUGAGGUUAUGGUUGUGACAACACAUGAAGGAGUACCCGAAGAAUUUUAUGGGGCAAAAUUGAUAGGAUCACGGAGUUUUCCCUGCCCCUGGUACCGGAAAGUACCCCUCUCACUUGCUCUCAGCCCUAGAAUAAUCUCAGAGGUAGCAAAGUUCAAGCCCGAUAUCAUACAUGCAUCAUCUCCUGGUAUAAUGGUAUUUGGUGCUCUUAUCAUGGCAAAACUUCUGUCCGUGCCAAUUGUAAUGUCUUAUCACACACAUGUGCCAGUGUACAUACCAAGAUACACCUUUAGUUGGCUAGUUCAACCAAUGUGGAUGGUUAUAAAGUUUCUACAUAGAGCUGCUGAUCUUACACUGGUGCCAUCUGCUGCUAUCGCAAAGGAUCUGGAAGCUUAUAAGGUAGCAUCAGCAAACAAAAUACGUUUGUGGAAUAAGGGUGUUGAUUCAGAGAGCUUCCACCCCCAGUAUCGGUCUCGUGAAAUGCGAGUAAGGCUAAGUAAUGGAGAACCAGAUAAACCAUUGAUAGUCCAUGUUGGACGAAUUGGAGUUGAGAAGAGUCUGGAUUUCCUCAAAAGGGUUAUGGAUAGACUUCCAGAUGCUCGGAUAGCUUUUAUUGGAGAUGGGCCAUACAGGGAGGAAUUGGAGAAAAUGUUCCAUGGCAUGCCUGCCGUGUUCACUGGUAUGUUACUAGGGGAGGAUCUUUCCCAAGCAUAUGCCAGUGGAGAUGUUUUUCUUAUGCCUUCAGAGUCGGAGACAUUGGGGCUUGUCGUUUUGGAGGCUAUGUCAUCAGGGCUUCCUGUAGUGGCUGCACGUGCCGGAGGAGUUCCAGAUAUCAUCCCUGAUGAUCAGCAGGGCAAGAUUGGGUAUCUGUUUAAUCCUGGUGACCUGGACGACUGCAUGAACAAACUAGUGCCACUUUUAUGCGAUAGUGAAUUGAGAGAAACCAUGGGGAAAGCUGCACGCAUCGAAAUGGAGAAAUACAGCUGGAAGGCUGCAACAAGAACAAUUCGUAACGAACAGUACAGUGCGGCCAUUUGGUACUGGAGGAAGCAGAAAGCACAAUUUCUGAGACCAUUCCAAUGGAUGUUUCAGCGUAUAUUCGCAGCUCCAGAAGUCGACUAUAGGUGAUAGAUCCUGUUCUCGUAUUUUUUACUCAAAAAGCAUAGAGCUUUUCCAUGCUUUGGGAAGGUGCUUCAAGAUUUGUUUCUAGAAUAUUGGCCUGAAAUGUAUUAUGAUAUUUGCUUUUAAUUGAUUGUACAAUGUAGACCCCCCCCCAAUACUAGGUCUGUUGUGCUGUUAUGUAUUUAAUUUGAACUCAUGUACAUGUAAAUUUGCAUAUUAUUGGCCCAUAACUCCCCCCCUGUAAUUGUGCAUAUUCAGUUGUGGAGUUACUGCACUUCGUUUAA